AUGCCAUCUGCUAUAGAGGCUGUGCCACCCGCUGGCAUUCUUGGAGUACUGAUUCCGCCUGGAAAAUGGGCAGAUGUGGCAAAAGCAGGUGAAGAUACUAGCAACGUUGAACAUGGUGCUAGUCGAGUACUGGAUUUUCCGAACAAACACCCCACAAUGGUGUCCGCAGUGGUGGUAGCACUCUGCACUCCACCAGCAGUGGAGACGGGCUCCCUUUCUCCACAGACCGGAGAGCAUUUGUUAUCUGUUGCUUUCUUCGUGUUAGCCAUCCAUUCUGGGCAGGUUACCAAGAUGAGCCUUAAGAAGAACCUCAAUCACUCUGCGGCAGCUCAGGUCACUGAAUUCAUUAUCUUGGGGAUUACAGAAAACCCUCACCUCCAGCUGCCCCUCUUUGCAAUCUUCCUCAUCAUCUACCUGGUCACAGUGAUGGGCAAUCUGGGCAUGGUCACCCUGACCCAUUUGGACUCUAAGCUCCACAAUCCUAUGUAUUUUUUCCUUAGACAUUUGUCAAUAACUGAUCUUGGUUACUCUACUGCCAUUGGCCCAAAGAUGAUGGUAAAUUUUGUAGCUCACAAAAAUCCCAUUUCUUACAGUGGUUGUGCCACCCAGCUGGCAUCCUUUGAGAUUUUCAUCAUUACCGAACUGUUUAUCCUCUCAGCAAUGGCCUACGAUCGCUAUGUAGCCAUCUGUAGACCUCUUACAUACAUGAUUGUCAUGGUAGACAAAGUGUGUUGGGCUCUGGUUGUCACCCCCUACCUCUACAGCACAUUUGUGUCGUUACUGCUCACAGUGAAGUUGUUCACAUUAUCUUUCUGUGGCUCUAACAUUAUCAGAUAUUUUUACUGCGACUGUCUCCCUCUGAUUGCCAUGCUCUGCUCCGACACACGGGAAUUAGAAUUGAUUGUCUUGAUCUUCUCUGGCUGCAACUUGCUGUCCUCAUUCCUGAUUGUUCUCAUAUCUUACGUGUUUAUUUUGGUGGCCAUUGUCAGAAUGAAUUCCACCAAGGGGAGGUACAAAGCCUUCACUACCUGUAGCUCCCAUCUGACAGUGGUGGUGGUGUUCUACGGCACACUGCUGUUCAUAUACUUGCAGCCCAAGUCCAGCCACACUCUCAGUGUUGAUAAAAUGGCCUCUGUGUUUUAUACCUUGGUGAUCCCAAUGCUGAACCCACUGAUCUACAGCCUGCGCAACAAAGAAGUCAAAGAUGCCCUAAAGAGAACCUUAAACCGUGGGUUCAGAAUUACCAUCUAUGGGGUGGCUGUUGCCAUGGGGAGUACAUCCAGUUCUGUCUUCACAUAUGCCAUGAAGCCCCUCACACAUAACACUAGCUAUUUCUACAUAGUAUAUGAGACAUCCAACAUCCAGAUUAGCCCAAACAAUCUUGAAAAUGAAAUUGCUCAUAGUACAAGACUUCGACUUCGACGUUUGCUUGUCCAAACAGGGUGUGAUUCCUGCUCCUUGUACUGUUGUGAGUGGGACACACACAAGUGCAUCGAUGGGCUAAGUCACAGAGAAGCGAAGGCACAGCAGGACGGGAGGCUUCGGGGGAGAAGAAAGCGGAGCCGGGUGGCUUGCCUGGGACCUCUGGCUGUCAGGACUAUCAUUGCUUAA